CCGUACAGCUGUGCUCCGUGGCUAACAGAGAAGCUAACAGAGAAGCUAACCCUCAGCGGUGAAGAUAUCCGGGACUCGUUCACCAAACAAGACGCCUCGACAGCUACUUUGAGACUUUGAAUCUAAGAUGGGAAAGGGUGGCGGUACAUUUGAGAGGCUUCUGGAUAAAGCCACCAGUCAGCUGCUGCUGGAGACUGACUGGGAAUCCAUCUUGCAGAUCUGUGAUCUCAUUCGACAAGGAGACGCACAAGCUAAGUAUGCUAUCGGGGCCAUUAAGAAGAAGCUGAACGACAAAAACCCCCACGUGGCCCUCUAUGCUCUUGAGGUCCUGGAGUCGGUGGUGAAGAACUGUGGCCAGACCAUCCAUGAUGAGGUGGCGAGUAAAACAACGAUGGAGGAACUGAAGGAUUUACUCAAGACGGAACCAAAUGUCAGAAACAAGAUCCUGUACCUGAUCCAGGCCUGGGCUCACGCCUUCCGCAACGAGCCCAAAUACAAGGUGGUCCAAGACACUUAUCAGAUCAUGAAAGUGGAAGGUCAUGUGUUCCCCGAGUUCAAGGAGAGUGAUGCGAUGUUCGCAGCUGAGAGAGCCCCUGACUGGGUUGAUGCUGAGGAGUGCCACCGGUGCAGAGUCCAGUUUGGAGUUAUGACGAGAAAGCACCAUUGUCGAGCCUGCGGCCAGAUUUUCUGCGGCAAGUGUUCGUCUAAGUACUCCACCAUCCCAAAGUUUGGCAUAGAGAAGGAAGUGCGUGUGUGUGAGCCCUGCUUUGAGCUGCUUAACAACCACCCCUCCCUCUCUCCUCCACUCAGGAAAGCUGAAGGGAAAGCCCCCACCCCAGGCCCUGCAGAGCUGCCUCCCGAGUACCUGACCAGCCCGCUGUCUCAACAAUCCCAGGUAGAAGUGCCUCCCAAGAAAGACGAGGCAGCCCUGCAGGAGGAAGAGGAGCUGCAGCUGGCCAUUGCCCUUUCCCAAAGCGAGGCCGAGGAGAAAGAGCGCAUGAGACAUAAGAACUCCUACUCAAUGUAUCCCAAAGCUGAUCCCACUCCAGUGACUUCCUCCGCUCCACCAGUCAACUCGCUCUACACCUCCCCUGUGAACUCCUCUGCUCCAUCAGCUGAAGAUGUAGACCCCGAGCUGGCUCGCUACCUGAACAGAACGUACUGGGAGAAGAAGCAGGAAGAGGCUCGCAAGAGUCCCACCCCCUCAGCGCCGGCCCCCGUGCCAUUGGCUGAGCCGCUUCCACCACCACCACCACCAAUCAGUCAGCCAGUAGAAAGUCAUGUCCCUGUCCAGCCGGUCAGCAUUGUGGAGCAGCAGUACCAGAACGGCGAGUCGGAGGAGAACCACGAGCAGUUUCUGAAGGCUCUGCAGAACUCCGUCACCACCUUCCUCAACCGCAUGAAGAGCAACCACAUGCGCGGACGAAGCAUCACCAACGACAGCGCUGUGCUCUCACUCUUCCAGUCCAUUAACAACAUGCACCCGCAGCUGUUGGACAUCCUCAACCAGCUAGAUGAGAAGCGAUUAUACUAUGAGGGGCUGCAGGACAAGUUGGCUCAGGUGCGUGACGCUCGGGCCGCCCUCAACGCACUCCGGGACGAACACAGAGAGAAGCUGCGUCGUGCCACAGAGGAAGCGGAGCGACAGAGGCACAUCCAGCUGGCGCAGAAACUGGAGAUCAUGAGGCAAAAGAAACAGGAGUACCUGGAGAUGCAGAGACAGUUGGCCAUCCAGCGUCUCCAGGAGCAGGAGAAGGAGAGGCAGAUGCGUCUGGAGCAGCAGAAGCACACGAUCCAGAUGAGAGCCCAAAUGCCUGCUUUCUCUUUGCCCUACGCUCAGAUGCAAUCUUUGCCCCCCAAUGUGGCCGGAGGGGUGGUGUACCAGCCUGGUGCUCCACCCAGCUACCCGGGUACCUUCAGCCCUGCUGGUUCUGUGGAGGGGUCACCUAUGCACAACAUCUACAUGAACCAGCCUGGGCAGACUGCCCCACCACAGUACCAGGCCAUGCCCAAUGCUGCCCCAGAUCCCAACAUGGUAAAUGCAUACAUGUACCAGGCUGCAGGCACUAACGGGCAGCCUGCUCCUCCUCCUGGUCAGGCUCCGCCCACAACUAGUCCACCCUACUCCAACUAUCAGCCCACACCCACACAGGGCUACCAGAAUGUGGUCUCUCAGGCCCAGACUAUGCCCCCGAUGCCCCAGCCUGCCCCAACCAACGGUAUGGGUUACAUGGGCUACCAGCCAUACCCCAUGCAGAACAUGAUUUCAGCAUUGCCAGGACAGGACCCCAAUAUGCCCCCACAACAGCAGUACAUGCCAGGCCAGCCGCCCAUGUACCAACAGGUGGCUCCCCCUGGUGGCCCGCAGCAGCAGCAGCAGCAGCCGCAGCAGCCGCAGCAGCAGCAGCAGGUCCCUCAGGCUGUGCCCGGCAGUGCAGAGGCACAGCUCAUCUCCUUCGAUUGAAAGCCUGCAUGCUGCAGAGUCUAACACACUACACCCUCUCUCCUCCUCCACUUUCCGGACUCUCUGCUCUCUGGAAACACACACACCUCUUCCACCUUGCUGUGAUGUUGUGGCAAUGUAAGAUAUUGUGAUGAUGUUGCAGAACUGUCGCCCUCCUUGCCUCUCCCCCACUAAUGCAGGGUGAAGCUGCAAGAGAGGGCACCAUAACCGUUUCACCCUCUUCCUCCCUCUUUCCAGCUGAUAUGUAUGUAGUAUUUCCUUAUUAAAUGAAUAACUGAAGGUCAGAAAUAGUCAGUGGUAUUAAAGUAAGAAUAAGAAUAAGAAAAUAUGAUCAUAAUUUAGGACAAAAAAGACAAGACAUAACCAUUCUUUGUCUCAUAUUGUUCUAAAGCAAAAUCCGCAUGUUAAAGUUUCAUUAUUUUCUGAAAUGGAAGUGAAUUCGACGUAUCCUGUCACUUUGGGCAGUGAUUGAGAGACAUCUUUGCGUGCUGUUUAAGAGAUUGUGGGCGUGAGGAUGAAGGGUAAAGCACAGUGAAGAGGCCUGAAAUAUGUGGCACUAACUCAAAUCUCCAUCGUGUUCACAGCUUGCCACUGCAGCUGUGGGUUCCAUCUUGUUUUGGCAUUCAUUUGUUGUGCACUGCUUGGAUUAACAAAGGUCUUUAUGUCGUUUCUUAAAUAAUGAAACUUAUUUCAGGGAUUGGACAUUGUGGGACUAGUGUUAUAAAAUUAGCUGGGUGGUUGUUUAAUCCUCAAUAAAUACACUUUCAUAAUUUAAAUAAUUUAAAUGACACAGCUAGUGACCAUAGACAAAGUAAAGCUGUACAGUAGCUCUAGCGGCCCGCUUCUCUUUAUUAAAAUGAUUUGUGUUGCAGAUAAAAGUACUGCCACAUGAUAAAACUGAAAGAGAAACAGUACGUGAACCUAUUAUUAACUGAAAAUGACCCCCAGGCACCCCAUCGCGUCUGCAUUCGGUUGUUACUGUCACAGGUGAGGACAUCUACGUAGUAAAUAAAGGUGGGGGCUCGUUUCUAAAGUGUACUUUGCUCUCCAGAAAUGUGGAAAUGCUUGCAGAGCAAACAUUAUGUGCCGCAUGUAUGUAUCACGCACCCAAUCGGUGAUUUCUGUAACCCUUCAGUUGCCAUCUGUGAACUUCUUUAUUCCAUCAUACUGAUCUGUCUGACUUUAAAAGUAAUUUUAAAAUUAUAUUUAAUAAAUAUCUGGUUCUUAUUGUCAA